AUGGCCAAUAAACUUAUUCUUGUCCCAGAGGAUUUAUAUAGAGGUCUUACGUCAACAAUUACGUCAGCAGGUGAACCAAAUCUCGAUUCAAUUAAACGUGUAUUAGACAAUACUAGGCGAAGAAGAGAAAGUAAAGAUGCCAAGAAUGUUAACUAUAAUCAAGAAUUGAGGAGAUAUCUCAAUAUGCGAAAUGAAAGAGAAAAUAAACCAAUAAAAGUUGAAGUAGUUGACAAAUCUAAAGGUGUUCUUUUACCCAAAACUAAUUCUCGACCAGCAACCUAUAUAUCUAUGGGGGAUGAUGAUCUUGGAAACGAUGAUGAUAAUGACUUUUGGAUGGGUGAUGAUUUCUCAUUUACAACACAACAACCUAAACCACCACCUCCUAUCCCACCUCAUGGACGAAAUAUUAAAAUUAAACCCCCUUCCCCACCACCGCCACCAGUUCCAACUCGGAGUAAAAUCAAAAAAGAAAAGACACCUUUAAUUUUCACUCGAAAUCCUAAAAGAAAAAGGGUUGAAGAGGAUAUACAUGGAAAAAGAAAAUUAAUAAAACCUAAAAACGAGCAAAAUGAUUAUGAAACUAAGGAAGAGAUUGAAAAAAAGAAUACUAGGAAAUUAAAAAAUAAAGUAAAAGAAGAGAGGGAAGAUAAACAAUAUUUAGAAAGUAUUAGAGAGAGAAAUGAAAAAAAAAGACAACACAUAUUAAGGAGGGAAGAUAUUAAAAAAUUAAGAGUACCGUAUAUGCCUAGUGAUCUCGUUAAUAGAUCAAUAAAAAGUGAAAAUGUCAGCGAAUCGAUAAACGCUCCGCUUGUUUCACAAAAUGAAGAAGCAAGCGAGAAUGUAAUAAGUCCAAUAAUUAAAAGAGAAAAUACUGAAGAAAUACCAGAGAAAAAAGUAAUCAAAAAAAGAAAAUUACAGUAUAUUGAAGAAGGAUACCCGUCAGUUCCAUUAAAAAAGCGAAAAAUUAAAAUUAUUAAUAAUUGGGCACAAAGGAGACCUUCAAAAAUUGAUAUCCAACGAAAGAUCUGGGCACAGCGAAAACCAUCACAGUCAGAUAUUAAUAGAUUUAAACCAGGACUCUGGUAA